AUGGCGAUUACUCAGAAUGUCAGACAACAGGGUGCUCUUCCGAGUGAUACUGAAAAGAAUCCUAAAAAAUAUAAAGCAGUCACCUUGAGGAAUGGCAGAGAACUUGAAGAAGUGCCACCAAAGAACAACGAAGAGCUGUUGCAAGAAGUUCCGAAAUAUGCUAAGUACAUCAAGGAUGUUGUUGCAAAUAAGAGGCGCUGGACAAAAUUUGAGACUGUGGCACUUACUGAGGAGUGCAGUUCUAGAGUGAGGAGCAAGAUUCCACCAAAGCUGAAAGAUCCGGGUAGUUUCACUAUUUCUAUCACUAUUGGUAAUAUCGAGGUUGGGCUAGCAUUGUGUGAUUUGGGUGCUAGUAUUAAUCUGAUGCCUACCUCUAUGUUCCGAAUGUUGGGGUUGGGUGAGCCAAGGCCAACAAUAGUCACUUUGCAAUUAGCUGAUAGAUCUCUUGCAUAUCCCGAUUGCAUAAUUAAAGAUGUUCUUGUGAAGGUGCGUCCGUUUAUUCUGCCAGUUAAUUUCAUCAUCCUUGAUUAUAAGGCAGAUAAGAAUGUCCCUCUUAUCAUGGGAAGGAGAUUCUUAGAGACAGUUUAUGCAGUUAUCCGAGUCAGAGAUGGGAAGAUGUCAAUGAAGGUUGAUGGGAAGGAAGCUACUUUUGACGUGUUCAAAGCUACUAAGCUUCCACCCCAUUAUGAGUACUUGAAGAUGAUCACAGUUGUGGAGCCCGAGCUAACAAAUGCGGAGCUAGAUCACUUUCUAGCUUCUCAAGAUCCUUUGGAGAUUGCAUUGGUAUAUGGUGGGGACUUGGUGGAAGAUGAGAAAGUCAAGGAGUGUCUUUAG